AGCUCAAACCUCCUGACGAAUUCGUUUUGACGCUAUUAUUCUGUCGUUGUCUUAGUCUACUGCCUUAUAUAAUCAUAUCCACAACUGAACCUUGUCAGCUAAAUUUUAGUUCAAUUUCUUUUUAUAGUAAAGCACGCCAUGGCUAGCACGAUCCCUACAGUCCUUCUCGCUUCUGCCAUCCUCGUUGCUGCAGCGACCUACUUCCGCCAUGACACACGCAGCAGCGGCGGCAGCGUCACCGCCGGAACGCACCUCCACUUCUACAUGCACGACCAGUACACCGGCGAGAACCCGACGGCCGCGCUCAUCAUGCAGGGAAGGCCGCCGCUGUCCAACUCCAACGCCACCACCACCGGCAGCAGCGACGACGACGACCCGCGCCGGUUCGGCGACAUCGCCGUGAUGAACAACGCGCUCACAGAAGGGCCCGAGCGCGGCAGCGCGCGCGUAGGCACGGCGCAGGGGUUCACGGUGCGCGUGGCGGAGCGCGGCUCCGUUAACGCCCUGAGCAUGCACCUGGUGAUGGAGGCCGGCGAGCACGCCGGCAUCUCGCUGGUGGUCAGCGGCAGGGUCGACACCGACCUGGCGGUGCGCGAGUCGGUCAUCGUCGGCGGCACCGGCCGGUUCCGCGCCGCGCGGGGGUAUGCGCUCAGCCGGAGCUACGACUACGACUUGGCCAAGGGAGGCGUUGUAGAGGUCGAUGUGUACCUGUACUAGGUGUGCAUGGCUACGAGCUGAAAAUUCGAUGCUUGGUGAUGUAUGAGGCUAGGGCUGAAAAUUUGAUCGAGUAAUAAGGAACUUGCGGAUUCACAGUGUCGUCACAACUUGGCUUUGUAUGGUUCUUUCAAGGUGUACUGUAAAUCUGGUUUCACGGACGUUUAACGUUAGUUUUCUAUUUUGUUUUACCGUAAAUUUUGAUUAUAAAUAAAAGCGGAAUGAAAGAUUCAUUUGUGAGGAUGAAG